AUGACCACCCCUGAUCCAGCUGUCGAGGCGCCAGCCGCCGAGGUCUCGCCUGCCCAAGAGGGAGUCGAGACAUCCCAGCCCACCAAGCCCGAGAUUCGUGGGCCUUCUGAGAUUGUUCCGAAUGUUUUGAUCGACGAUCUCAGGGAAAGCCACACCAACCGCGGCGUUUUGAUCCCCCUCAAAACAACUCAGGAAGUCCGACAAGACCACACCAUCACUCAUGCCUUCAUUACACGAGCGCCAACCAAGCAGGCCAACGAGGUCAUCACGGCUUUGCGUAACAUGCGACCUGAUGAUAGCGCUAACCCCCUACCUCAUCUUCGCAGAUGCGCCAAACCUGCAGACCUUCCCGCCCAUCUCAAGACACAGUUCAUGAACGACACCUCAGUCGGUCGUCAGAUCCACACGGCCAAGUCAACAUGGAUAUAUAUCAUUGUCGGAGAGGUCAAGGACUUCACCCGAGAGGAGCUUUCUACCGUGCUAUCUCCCAUCGAAGGCAUGGAGCAAGACCUCUUUAUCGCAAAGAUCCCUAUCCCACUCCUCGCACCCACAUCUCAGGUCCAGGCCGCCAUGUGGUCUUCCCAGUUUUGGCCUACGGUCUACCGAAAGAACAAUCCCCUUGGCCCGCACCCUAGCAUGGUGGCCCGUGGAACCGAGGAGAUCAAAGAAGAUGCCUCUGUUUGGAUGGCGCUGGCACACCGCGUCGCUCUACAGGCCAAGGAAUCUGGAAUCGGCGAAGCGAUGGGUGCUGUGAUCGUCCAGAGAGAUGCGGGCAAGGUUGAACUUGUUGGACUUGCUGGAGACGCUCGCCGACACCAGGAAUGCGGCCUGCUAGACGGCACAAGCAACCCUAUGACACACUGCGUCGUUCGUGCUAUUAGCAUGGUGGCUCAGAAGCUAGUCAGGCACGAAAGAAGGGCUGCUGGUCUGCCCGUACAGACGCCCAAUCUCGAAUACGACGCCUUUCAGGACGGCCCGCUCCUCGAGAUAGAGAAACAAUGCUUCGAACAGGAGCAUCCGAACAAGGACGGGUACCUUUGCCACGGGCUAGAGCUCUAUGUCACGCACGAGCCCUGUAUUUCAUGCUCAAUGGGCAUUCUUCAUUCUCGCAUGGGCAAGGUCGUGUUUGCCACGCACAUGCCUCGCAGCGGAGGACUGAGCUCAGAUGAUCGUCCGGAUGGAGGUGGACGAGGACUGGGGCUCUUCUGGAGACGAGAGCUCAACUGGAGCUUGAUGGCGUGGGAAUGGGAACGUGACGGCGUUCCUGACCUGCCCUCUGUUGAACCCAUCACUCAUGUUUAG